AUGCUUGCUAGUCCGCUCGCACCCGCUGACGUCCCUUCGGGCCCCAAGGAUGCUCCUCCCGUCGAGCAACGGUCCACUACCUACACCCUCCCCAGCUCUUGGUGGUCAUCGGAACGACUCUAUGAGUUGGAGCGGAGAGCUAUCUUCUCCCAGUCGUGGCUGUAUGUCACGCAUGCCUCCCGCUUCGAUCAGGAGGGGACGUACUUCACGUACGAGAUUGCGGGCUACCCGUUCUUCAUCGUACGUGAGAAGGCACCUGCUGGGCAGGAGCUUUCUACGCCCGUGCUGCGCGCCUUCCAUAACGCUUGCCGUCAUCGUGCCUAUCCCGUCGCGAAGAAAAAGGAGGGUAACGUGGGUAUGGCCGGCGUCCUCUCCUGCGGGUACCACGGCUGGUGUUAUGACACGCGCGGGACUCUGCGUAAAGCUCCUCAGUUCGACAAAGUUCCCGGGUUCGACAAGUCUGCAAACUCCCUCUUCCCCAUCCACACCCAUGUCACCGAGUCCGGACAUGUCUUUGUAAACUUCACCGCUUCUCCCAGUCCUCCGGCGUUCAGCGAGGUUUUCCAAGGCCUCGAGGACGAGCUGAAGGAAUUCGAUUUCUCGAACUACGACUACCGGGAGUCCUUCGAAUUGCGCGGCGACUUCAACUGGAAAGCCUUGAUGGAUGGCUACCAGGAAUGUUACCACUGCCCCACAGCACAUCCUGGGCUUUCUAAGGCGUUCGCAAUCCCGACCUAUCGGGUCGCACCGAGAGCGAACUAUUGUCGCCACUUCGCAAAUCUGAAACCCUCGAGUGGGGAGGGACCGAAGCAGCCUCAACGUGCCCGCAGCAGCUCGUUAACUGAGUGGUUGGGCUCCUUCAUCUUCUCCGAGCGACCUGCCGAAGAGCAGGAAGCGGAGAAGCAGAAGAACAUGGCUGGCGAAUUCAAUGGGCUGUGGGUGUAUCUGUUCCCCAACAAUGGUAUCAAUUGUUAUUCUCCGGCAUGGUAUUCCAUCCGAGUUAUCCCUGUGUCUGCAACGAAGACCAUCCUAGAGUAUGACAUAUUCGCGAAGAAGGGCGUCCAAGAGACCGAAAUCGUGGAGUUCAUCGAUUUUCUUAAGCAAGUUGAGAUAGAGGACUUCAAUCUGUGCGUCGCUACCCAGCGCAAUCUCAGAGCAGGCGUCUACAGCAGCGGCGUGCUACAUCCCGAGAAGGAGAACGGCGUCCUGUACUACCAGAACCUCGUGAGGGAGAAAUUGCUUCAGCACUACGAGGCUGAGAAGGCUGCCGGUAAGGAGAUCAGCCCUGCGGCUGCUGGAUCGAGAAACUCGCCAGAGGAUGAAUUAUGUCGCGGUCUGGAAAGUGGGUUGUGCGGGGGUAGUAAGGAACUGGAGUGGUAAUGAGUUUGCUUGGUCCUGGAUAGGGUUCUGGGUAUUCGCCGUCUCCAAUAAAUUUCUUAGCCUGCGCUUCAAC